CUCUCCCCCGCAGGCCCCACCCCACCCCAAAUCUUUCUCUUGCGCGCGCUUAUCCAAUCUCGCGCUCGUUCUUUGGUCCCUCAUUGGGAUGUUGGCGGCGCCUGCUGCAAGGGGCGAUAGUUCCUGGUUCGCUCGAGGAGAGGUGGUAGGGAAGGGCUUCCCUCGCCAGUGAAAGGGGCGCGGAAAAAGCAGCUACUUUAGCCGUUUCCCCUUUCACGAAGUGUGUUGAAGUCUGUUCCGCCGCUGCACGUUAGGCGGAGAAACAGCGAGAAGCCCGGGGGACAACAUGGCGGAACAUUCAGCCGGCAACCAGAAGCACAAAUCCAGCGCCGCCGUCUCGUCGUCAUCUUCAAAUUCCCAAGCUCUGGCCAACAGCCGAGGCUCAUUGGCGGCUACUGGCCCCGGGGCCGCGGCGGGAGGAGGGGGCCUGUCGGGGGGGCUGUCGCAGCCGGCCGGUUGGCAAUCGUUGCUCUCCUUCACGAUCCUUUUCCUGGCCUGCCUGGCUGGUUUCAGUUCCAGGCUCUUCGCCGUCAUCCGCUUUGAGAGCAUCAUACACGAGUUCGACCCAUGGUUUAACUACAGAUCAACACAUCAUCUUGCAUCCCAUGGAUUUUAUGAAUUUUUAAAUUGGUUUGAUGAAAGAGCAUGGUAUCCACUAGGAAGAAUAGUUGGUGGAACUGUAUACCCAGGACUGAUGGUGACAGCUGGCCUUAUACAUUGGAUCUUAAAUAUGCUCAAUAUCACUGUCCACAUAAGAGAUGUGUGUGUGUUCCUUGCACCUGUUUUUAGCGGCCUUACGUCAAUUUCUACUUUCCUUCUUACCAGAGAACUAUGGAACCAGGGAGCCGGGCUUCUAGCUGCCUGUUUUAUUGCUGUUGUUCCAGGUUACAUAUCAAGAUCAGUUGCAGGAUCUUUUGACAAUGAAGGGAUAGCUAUAUUUGCACUACAGUUCACAUAUUACUUGUGGGUGAAGUCAGUAAAAACUGGAUCUGUCUUCUGGAUCAUUUGCUGCUGUCUAUCCUACUUCUACAUGGUUUCUGCAUGGGGUGGUUAUGUUUUCAUUAUCAACCUUAUUCCUCUGCAUGUAUUUGUAUUAUUGUUAAUGCAGAGAUACAGCAGGAGGGUCUAUAUAG